AUUUUUUGAGAUAUUUGAAAAAUAUGAUGGCUACAAGCUGGGCCAUGUGAAGCUUAAGAGGCCUAAACAACUGCAAGAGAUACUGGACAUAGCACGAUUUUUGCUUAGCGAGAUACACACGAAGGCGCAUGCGGAGAUUGAGGAGAAAGAGAGCAAGCUGGAGCAGUUGAAGAAUGUUCUUGAAAUGUAUGGCCAUUUCUCGGGUAUUAAUCGCAAGGUGCAGAUGAAGUAUCAACCGAAGGGCCGACCCCGUGGCUCCAGCUCUGAUGAUGCCGAAACGCCCGCCGAACCUUCGCUAGUUCUCAUUCUCAAAUGGGGUGGCGAACUAACGCCUGCAGGUCGCAUUCAGGCUGAGGAACUGGGUCGCAUAUUCCGUUGUAUGUAUCCGGGCGGUCAGGGGCGCUCGGAUUAUUCAGGAACCCAGGGUUUGGGUUUAUUACGUUUGCACUCAACUUUUCGUCACGACCUUAAGAUUUAUGCUUCGGACGAAGGACGAGUGCAAAUGACCGCAGCUGCUUUUGCUAAGGGUCUGCUGGCGCUGGAGGGCGAGCUGACCCCCAUUCUGGUUCAAAUGGUAAAAAGCGCGAAUACAAACGGACUGUUAGACAACGACUGCGAUUCGAGCAAGUAUCAGAAUCUGUAAGUAAUUAUCCGCAUAAU